CUCCUACUCUGGGAGCGGCAGCAGGGGGCGCACAUACAGCUAGCAGCACCUACACUGGGAGCGCACGUCGCUUCUCUCAUCUCACAGGGAACUUUUGCCCCGUGGGCGCCGCCGUACGGACGUCACCACCAGUGCUGCUGCUGGGCCAGUCAGGAAAUGCAAGAUGGUUGCUCCCACGGAUGUAUCCAUAUCCACGUGUGCCGGACGGUGAUGCUUAUUAUUAUUGUCCAGAGAGUAUACAGUAGCUAUCGAUUCGGAGCAGUACGGGUAAUAGAGGAACUUGUGACUGGUGAUAGAAAUCCGUGAUCUCCGCCGCCAUGUCCGGGAGAAAUAACAACAAGCUGCCGACCAACCUGCCCCAGCUCCAGAACCUAAUAAAGAGGGACCCGUGCUCUUAUACGGAGGAGUUUUUACAGCAAUACAAACACUACCAGUCCAUCAUUGAGGUUUUCAAGCUCCAACCAGACAAGCCAAACAAGGAUUUAUCAACCUUGGUCAUGUUCAUGGCACAGACUGCACAUUGUUAUCCUCAGCACCUGGAGGACUUCCCACAGCAGCUAAAGUCUAUCCUGUCAUCACAACACACAGUGAUGGAUUCUGAUCUCAGAAUGACUUUAUGCAAAGCUCUGAUUAUGCUUAGGAACAAAGAUUUAAUAAGCCCCUCAGUAGUUCUUGAGCUUUUCUUCGAGCUGCUGAGGUGCCAAGAUAAACUCUUACGAAAGGCUUUGUAUACUCACAUUGUGACUGACAUAAAAAAUAUAAACGCAAAGCAUAAAAACAACAAAGUGAACACAACUCUGCAGAACUUCAUGUACACAAUGCUUAGAGACAGCAAUGCAACAGCUGCUAAGAUGUCAUUGGAUGUUAUGAUUGAGCUAUACAGAAGAAAUAUCUGGAAUGAUGCUAAAACUGUCAAUGUGAUAACAACAGCCUGUUUCUCUAAAGUUGCCAAGAUCCUUGUUGCUGCAUUGCAGUUCUUCUUAGGAAAGGAUGAUGAGAAGAAUGACAGUGACUCAGAUUCAGAGGAUGAUGGUCCCUCAGCUAGAGAUUUAAUGGUGAGAUACUCCACUAGUAAAAAGAAUACGAAGAGCAAGAAGAAGCUGGAGAAGGCCAUGAAAGUUUUGAAGAAACAUAAAAAGAAGAAAAGACCAGAGGUCUACAACUUUUCAGCUAUACAUUUGGUGCAUGAUCCUCAAGAAUUUGCUGAGAAACUGUUGAAGGAGUUAGAAAGUUCAAAGGAAAGAUUUGAAGUUAAGAUGAUGCUUAUGGACCUAAUCUCCAGGCUAGUUGGAAUCCAUGAGUUGUUUCUCUUCAACUACUAUCCAUUUAUACAAAGAUUCCUACAGCCACACCAAAGAGAGGUGACCAAGAUUCUGCUGUUUGCUGCACAAGCCACUCAUCACCUGGUCCCUCCAGAGAUUGCUCAAUCCGUGCUGAUGACCAUCGCUAAUAACUUUGUUACAGAGAGAAACUCAGGAGAGGUGAUGACUGUUGGAAUAAAUGCUAUUAAAGAGUUAACCGCUCGAUGUCCACUGGCAAUGACCGAAGACUUAUUACAGGAUCUAGUACAGUACAAGACACACAAAGAUAAAAAUGUCUGUAUGUCUGCCAGAGGGUUAAUACAGCUGUUUCGCACUUUGGAUCCUCACAUGUUGCAAAGGAAAUUCCGGGGGAAACCAACUGAGGCCACUACAGAGGCAAAAAUCCAUGCAUAUGGAGAAUUGGUAGCAAAAGAUUAUAUUCCUGGGGCAGAGGUGCUGGAAGUAGAAACUAAACCUGCAGAAGAGGAUGAUGGCUGGGAAAGUGCCAGUCUAAGUGAUGAUGAUGGAGAGUGGAUCGAUGUUCACCAUUCCUCUGAUGAGGAGCAGAAGGAAUUAUCAGAAAAGAUUCAAGCAAUGCCAGAAGAGGAGCGAAAGGCCAAGGCUGUAGCUGUUAGUGCAAGCAGACUUCUCACCCAAGAAGAGUUCAAGAAAAUCCGUAUUGCACAGAUUGCCAAAGAAGUGAAUUCUGCACCUGGUAAAGCGGAGAAGAGAAAAAAUAUUGAAAUAGACAGUGAUGAAGAGAGUAGAGGGGAAUUGCUUUCACUCAGAGAUAUUGAGCAUCUGCAUAAAAAGCCAAAGUCUGACAAAGAAACCAGACUUGCGACAGUUCUGGCUGGCAGAACAGACCGAAAAGACUUUGUGAGGAAAAAAACAAAACUGAAUCCCCACGCCAGCUCCACCAACAAGGAAAAGAAAAAGAAUAAAAACUUCAUGAUGAUGCGGUACAGCCAGAACAUUCGUUGCAAAAACAAGCGUUCCUUCAGAGAUAAACAGAUUGCCCUGCGAGAUUCACUUCUGAAGAAGCGGAAACGGCUUAUGAAAUAACUGCAGCUUUAUCUUGUUAUUGUGAAAACUAAUGACUUGUACAUGCACAACUUUGUGAGCCCAUUUUACAUUCUGCCUAUGUAGCAUUCAAGUGCAAAUAACAGUUGUGGUAAACUUAAUUUGUCCCCCCAAAAAAUAUUGACUUUAUUUUUUUCCGACCUGGAUGGUGAUUUUGUAUAAACAGAUCUGUUUUUCAUUGUAUUUUGUAUAUACAUUCUUCUAUUUCGUGUGUGUGUUGAUCAUUAGUUGGACCAGUAUGAGGUUGACCCCAUGUGGUCGACAUGCGCAUGGUCACCAGGGUCAAGUAACCUAUCAACCAUAUGGGGUCGACCUCUCACCUGGAUACCAUCCUGUACAGUGCUUAAUUAUAAUGCUUUGUUAAAUACAUGGAUAAAUACUCAAGUAUGUUUAGUAAUUAAUGACGUGCUGUAAUAGGAAUCAGAACACACAUUGCCUUAUGCUUGGAUCGUGAAUGGAUACAAGUCUGUAUUAGUGGUUUAUGACUUGUGUAUCACUUGCAAGAACACAGAUGUAUUUAGUAUUCAGAUAUAGAUACAGGUAAUGUGCAUUAUUUACUAAUGGUUCACGUGCUAGACAAGCCAUUGUUUAUUAUAUUUACAUAGAAGAAUGUAUAUUUCUGAAUUACAUUAAACAACUAGAAUGUUUCUAACAACAAAA